AUGUCGUCAAAGGUCUCUAAGUCCGGUCCUGUAUCGGAUGGAUUGCCAUCGCUGGUGUUGUCCAAGAAGUAUUUGACGUGUGUGAAGCCACCGCAAGUGCACAAGUUGGAUCACGAGAAUAAAGAUUUCGGAAUUCGCGCGGAGUCGAUCGCUAACGCUGUCGAUUGCAGCAGUUGGCAACCUACUGCCUGGGUGCCCUCAUUAUCACCACAUACAGCCGUGCAAGCUCGUUAUGAGCCGUCAGACGUCUUCACGCCUUUGGUGUUCGAAGAGAUACAGUCGUCAAUGCAACCUCCCGUCGAACAAAUGUCUAUGUGGAUACGGUCCGCUGAUCGACUGCCUGCACCACUGCAGCAUCAGGUGCCACAACCGCAGUCAUUGCACAACCAAGCCGUGUCCGGCGGGCAAAGGCGGCCAUUGCAGCAUCUACCGCAGUCAUCACUGUUAAAGCCUUCGGUCGACCGUAACGGCAACAACCCCGGUGACCUAAGCUGGCUGGUCAACUUCCAGGUGGCGUCCAUAUUCGAACCGACUUGCAAUGGACCCGCCGGCAGUGGGACUGGAGGUAACAUGUUCGGUGGCGAGUGGCAAGAACCAGAUGGUCUGAAGCAGAAAAAAAAACCUGCCAAAACGGACCAGAAACGUAAGUAUUACAAUAUACUGUAUACACGGUCUUAAAAAAAACAUAGGUACUUACCUAAAUACUGUUGUACUAAUAUGUACCUGGUUGAGCUCAUCCGAUUAGUUAAGGGCAUGUUUAUGCCAGAUAAUGAGUAUGAUCUCCCCAGCGAUAUAAUACCUAUGGCUCCAACACGUUAGUCGAAACUCAAAUAAAAUUGUAUCAUACAUAAGUUGUAUUUAAUUUGUAUUUUAGCCGCAUCUAAAAUCAAUCGUAAACCAUACAGAAUGCCACCUUCUAGAUUAAACAAAGCCAAUAAACCUGGCUACACCUACACUGAAAUGAUUCAUCAAGCGCUAAUGGAAAAAAAAGAAUUACCAGUAGCAGAAAUAUACCAAUGGAUAUCGUGAGUACCGAGUAGAAUAUUAAUAUCUAUUAACUAUGGUAUUAAUAUACCCAUGAUUUUCAGUUUAGUUAAUAAAAUAAACCUAUAAUAAUAAUAAUUGUUUAUUAUAUUACACCAGUGGCUAUAAUGGCUAUUUUUAGUUACCUAUAGUUUUAUUCUCGGGGGAGGAUGUACAAUUUGUGAGAUAAACGUCGUUCGAGAGUCUUCCACACCUCUCAUAAGAUCUGUAUUUUAUAUUCUUAGUGUAGUAAAGAAACUAUCUUAGUUUUCAAAAAAAUUGUUUGAUUAGUGAAAAUGCUUACAUUUUUUUUAUGCCACACAUUAAAAAAUGCGGAAUUUCUGCCUGUUUGUACUUUGAUGGACUAAUACGAUUAAUAAUACUAAUACUACUCCGCUCAGAAUCUAUAUUUGAUUGCAAUAAUUAUAGUGUAUAAAUUUAAUUAUUCUAUAGAUAUUACUAUAGUGACGAUUUUAGUAGUAACUCUACUACAGUGACCUAUUAGUUGCUAAUUAUUCGUACUUCGUAAAAUGUAAGAACUAAGUUGUUUAUAGUUCUAGCACUUUUGAGUUGUGACCACCAUUAGUCAUAUUAUAAUUAGGUUGGAUUAGGUGACCUUUCUAAAUAAGUAUACUUAGGUACCUACAUUAUUUAACAUAUUUAACAUUAAAAAAAAAGCUCUAGGUGCAAUAUAUCCUGAUUGUCUCCACCACAAUUGAGUUAUAUAUAACUAUAAUAGGAAAAUCUAAAUUGUUUUUGGAAUUUUAAAACUUAAAAAAAUGGUGGGUGGGGUAUGAACAAAUGAGCAAUCCAACAAACUUUCUAAUGUGGUUUAUUUUAUUUAAUAAGUCCUUCUAAAAAUAAAAUUAUAUUUAUCCCUAAACCGUGUUUAUAAAUUGAUAACUCGAUAUACAGUAAAACUUCCAUGUAACGGUCACUAAAGGGACCAGAAAUAAUGACCGCUAUUUAGAGGUGGCCAUUAACAUAACUCCAAUACUUCCAGAUGGCCGCUCUAUAGGGUGCAUAAAAAAAUAAUUUCAAAUUUCCAUAAUUUUAAAACCGUAUCUUUAUUUUUUAUUAAACCGAUGGCCUAUUUCAAAUUUAUCUGUGAGAGCACAGAUAUUACACUCACAUUUUCUUUUUCACAAUACUCGUAACAGUUUGAUAUUUUCUACUACAGUUAGGUGUUUUCAUUUGUACGCCAUCAUAACUACUUGAAACGUUAUCGACUGAAAUUUGAAACUAAUGAAACAUAAUAAAUACACAGACCCAAUAGCGUUAUCGUAAAAGUUCGAUAACUUACCUAUAAACUACCAUAAAUAAUUUGGGUAAACCAUGCAUUUUAAAUUUUUUAUACACUUCUUAUAUACUCCUAUACAUAUUUUAAAUUAUUUUAUCUUAUAUUUUGACCGUUAUUUAGAGUGGUCGCUCUAUAGAGGUAUUAAUGCAAUUUUCCCAUAAAAUUUGACGUAAGUUAACGAAAGUUUUACCGUGUUAUGCAUUUUUACAUUUUAAAUAUUUUCUACCGAGAUAAAAAAAAUUAGAAUUGUUUAUUCAUAACCAUAGAUUAGAUAAUACGAUAUUUUUGUAGUUUAAACACGAAUAGAUCACAAAACAUUUGUUUAAAUCAAUCGAUAAUAAUUAAAACAUAAAAAUUAGUAUUCGUUGAUCGAAAAAUCGAAAAUUAUCGAUGUUUUUACGACGACAAACGACGUUGUUCUUUCGAGUAUUUCCGCUAUUAUACACAGCAUUAUUAUACCGCGGAAGUAAAUAAUAGUUAAACGUGCUCAUGUUUAUUUGUUAACAUUUCUUCGCCACAAUAUUUAUGUUUAAUAUUUUCCCUGUGUUUGCUAUACAAACCUUUAAUACCUACCCAUCAAUCGGCAACCACAACGGCUAAAACUCCCACACACCCCCCAUAUAUUUACAUCGUCCCUCGAGCGUGCUAACACCAAUUUUACGGUUCAGUGGCGGAGGAAUCGCUGUUUAUGGAUCGCGUGACAAAAUACACAUAUAUACAAUACUAUGUAUAUCAUACAGCCCAGACAAGUGCUUUCGGGAAAAUAUAAUAUUUAAAUAAAAUAUUACACAGUAACACCCAAGAUUGUAGUAUGUUACCUAUUAUUCUUUUUUAUUUUCGAAUAUAAAAAAACAGGGUUCGGGACUUAUAUCAUUUGCUUAUUUUUUUUUGGUGUGUCAUCAUAUCUAGCAGACUGCUAUGGACAUUAAUGUCAUGUUACAACAAGCUCAAGUAUGAAAUUUAAAUAAUAUUUUUUUUAAGAGCUUUAUUUAGAUAAAAUUGUAUUCGAAUAAAUUAUUAUUCGGAUGAAUUUAACGUAAUUAUUCGAAUAAAAAUGUAGUUAAUUAAAUUAUUUUCAAAACCAAUUAUUCGAAUAAGUUUCGUUUAUUUUAUUUAGUUAAGAUUAUACUUAUAGUUUAUGAAGUACAAAGUACAUUUGACAAAAACACGUUUUAAAUGUUAAUUUUAUAUGGCACAUACCCCAUCUACCUAUAUAUUUUAGAGCCUAAUAGGUAUAAUGUUUGAAAGCUAUAUUCAAAUAAGAAUUCGAAUAAUUAUCUAGAUAAAGUUUUGCCCAACUAUAGCUGAUGGGUAUGCUACUUUUUUAGGUGGGAAAGGUCGCUAAAAAAACAUUGUUAACAAAAUACGAUUUUGAACGAAAUUCAGUAACACAUGUUUUGAAAUGCGUAAAAUGAAAAUUUUACCACGUUUAGAAAAGUUGAACAUAAGUAUUUUUUGAAAAUUUUAGGUCUCUGAAUAUCUUUAACUAAAUAACAACUAAAAACAAAAUUAUAAAUAAUGAAACCGUUAUUUAUUCUCUAAACUUUACCAAUUUCCCAAAGAUUUUUCCCGGUUUUGCUCAGAUAUUACUAAAACCAUAAAAAUAAAACUUUUUUACUCACAAACUAGAUUCGAAAUGCAACAUAAGUUAUACAAUUUUAUGACUAAAACGUAGAAAAAAAAAGAGCUGUUUUUGAGGACGAGUAAAGCCACUAUUUUAGGCGGGAAGUUAGGAAAAUAUUGAUACAUAAAGCAAUUUAAUUUAUAUCUCUAUGCAAAGAUAAACCAUUGCUAACGAAAAACGAUUCGGAACGAAUAUAGCGAAAACAUAUUUUGAUUUAUACCGUAAUUUUUACGACUUUCGUACAAAUUUAAUUUUAAACUGUUAUAAUAAAAAGUAAAUACGAGAUUAUAAUUUUUUUUUCGACUUCUAAAUACGACUUAUAAUAAACUCUCUGUCAAAUUGUCAAGCAUUUCUUGCAUUAUGUAUUUCUAAAUCAACUUUCAUUUUUUUCUACAUAUUCUAAUAGAUCAAAUAAUAUUCAUAAAAUAGUGUUUUUCUAAUCGUAAUAAUUACGAAGUAACACUUAUUUAGAACGUCAAAAUCUUGAAUCGAAAAGAUCGGCAAAAUAAAUAAUUCUGCCAAAAUCUUGAAUACAUAAUUUCGGCAAAAUCUUGAACAGCAAACAUUUGAACGAAAAAAUCUUGAAAAAAUAAUAAUUAAUAUUAAUUAAAAAUAAUAGAUUUUGCCAGUUUUUUCGGUUUAAGAUUUUUGACGCCCCCGUCCGAACUAUUAGGAAUGUAGUGAUUUAUAGUUAAUAAUAAAUACUUUUUAGAACUUCGUAUAUAUUAGGAUGUGUGUUACAUGGAAUUAAAAUUAGAAUGGAAUGAUUCACAUACGUUAUUCGUUUGUGUUGUUGUCGCAUUAAAUUCCAACCAAAACUUUCUGUGGAAAUUUCAAUUCUUUGAUCAAUAUAAUUUUUAAAAACAUUUUAAACAUACAUACAAACAUACAAAUUUACGGAGAUCUUAUUUAUCUUGAGAUUGAAUAGCUAUUAAAUCAUUAACAAAACAAUAUUCUACGUCUUCAAGGAGUAAAAAAGGCAGACUAAGAUGUAUUUUAGGGACCUGAUAAAUUUAGAGUCACUUUUAUAAACACAAGACAUUCCCAAAUUUGGAAUUUUGCGUCACCUAUAAAUGAAAUCGACAGCUGUUGAUAUACUUGUGUGGCCACACCGUCAAAAUAAAAAAAUGAAUCUCUUCCACAAUAUCGAUAAAAAUUGUUCUAAGUGAAAAAUUCAAAUUAAGUUUCUUGCAUUCAUUGACUCAUCGUAUAAUAAUUUAAACAUUUGUGAGUAUUUUUAUUUACGUUUAUCAGAAAGCAAACAAAACAAAAGAAGAAUAUUGUAGAUAGGCACCAAAAACUAUCUUUUGGCAAUACAGAAAUAACAAUAUAUAAUAAUAUUUCAACGCAAUAUUGUAGCUACUAUAGUAGUUAUUCGAGUAGGUAAUAAUUAUCAUAUAAUAUUUUACAACUACUAAUCGAUUAAAAUUUCUCAUGACCCACACCAUCAAGUUAAUAUUACUGAAAAAUUAUACUUCUCCUUUAAUUUUGCUUCAGCUGUCUAUGUAUUUCUCUAGCCACGUGUCAGUAUUUCCUGUGUAAAACGGUUCUAAAAGGGGGGGUUGUAAGGGUUAAUAAUGGUUUCUGUCUGUUUCCGUAAUCAACCGGCCGUGAAACGUUUUACCUGUUCCCACCCUGUAGGUGUAUAGGUAUAGAUAUCAUAAACGAACAAAAAUUAGAAUUGUAUUUAAUAUGUGCUCAGGUAGUAGGUACUCAUUUGGCGCUCAUUAUUUAGAACUAUAUACAUUAUACACGUAUACACUAUAUCUACUACAUAUAGACUUACUAUAUCAUAUUUGAAUCUAGGAAAAAAACGAGACGGUAUAAACCGACCAGGGUAAAAUACGACAAGAUAAAAUACAUCAAAUGCAACAAAAUCUUGACUAAAUCAAAACUCAAAGUGCAAAAAUUAUUAUAAAUGUAAACUUUAUUUCAUAAACAAAAUAUUCGUAAAAGAUCGUGCACAAGUGUACUUUCGGAUUUUUGUAAAUAUUUAAAAAUAAAUACUAUAACUAUUUAAAAAUAAAAUAUUUAGCUUUCACCCCAAAAACAAAAAAAAUCCAGGGCGCGCCUUUGAAAUCUAUAGCCAUAUAACGGACAUUAUUUGAUCGGAGCCUGCAAUUAGCCACUAAUAUUUGUAAUUUUUAAGUAAAAUACAUUUGAUUUUUACCGUGUCAUUUUUUCCGAUUACCAUCAUAUUUAAUAUCAAUAUAUUAUUAUAGUCAACAUAUAAAACGCUCUAAUGAUAAUUUGCAUGUACAAAUUACAAAUGUAACUUUCAAAACUGGGCAAGCUACUCAAUAUCUCUAACUUAUUAAAGUAAAGUUAGGUUAAAUUAUAAAAAAAACAAACAAAAUUAGAUUAAAAAUUGGUGUUUAAAAUGUACAAAAUGUUCAACUUAGUUAUGUUAGAAGUUACUUGGUGAAAAUAAUAACACAAGUUUUAGAAGUGAGGAAUAACUUAGAAGUAACGUAUUCGUUUUAUUUGCAUAUCGCAAAUCUAAAAACCGGUACGUUAAAAAAUUAAAACAAAUCGCAAAUAUACGUAAAAACAAUUUCUUCUUCUGAAAAACAAUAUAUUUCGCAUUGUAGUUUCUUACAUUUUUGAGAUUUAAAAGACAAUGUAAAGAAAUACAUACUUACAGUAUAAUUUUAAUUUCAUAAAUAUUAUAACUUAUAAUUUUAUUUUUAUUUUUUGUAUGAAAAUAAUGUAAUAAAUAAACCUACGUCGGUGGUUCAUUUUUGUUCAGUUGUUUUAUAAUGACUGGCAGUAUAAUAUCUAUAAUAAGGCGUAGCUAACCCAAUUGGUGAUUUUUUUAUUUUAUUUUUUUUUUAUUGUGAAAAUUAUACUAGCAUUUUACUAAUAGGGACUCCUGGAUCCCUACCGUCUUCGCUUCUAGUUAUUAUUCUGGAUGUACCUAGUUAUUUUUAUUAUAAAAUAAUAUAGUACCGUGAGACAACUUUGAACAAGUUCUGACCACGAAAAGAUUUUUGUUUUUUUUUUAUUUAUUCUUCGUGACCGAUUUUAUAUAUAUACAACAAAAAAACGAUACUGUAUAUCUACGUGAGUAUAUAUAGCGUGUGUAUAUGUUAGGUAUUAUACUGAAAAUAACUCACCCCACACACGUUUAUGUGUUCGUACCACCUCGGUACCAGGCACCCGUUUCUGUUUUUCGUAAAGGAAAUAAAGAAAUAAGGUUAACUUUGCUGAAGUCACGGUUCCCCUUUUUAACUUUUAUUUUGAUAUGUUUUAUGUCCGACAACAAUAGAGACCAUACCGAUAACACAUUUCGAAUACAAUUUCGAAUUUACGUUGUUCGGCCGAACCAUUUAAUGAAUAUUAAAAAUACAAAACGUUAAUCUAUUCACAAAUAUUGUAAAAACCAACAAUAUUAAUAUAAUGUAAACUAUUAAAAAUGUGUACACAUCAGUAGUAGGUUACGGUAUCCGUUCAAAAUUGCGAAAAUAAAAAUAUCGAACUUUAAAAAAGAACGAAAAUAAAAUAAAUACAUAAAAUAGAGAAAAUAUAGUAGAUACUAUAUUUUUUAAUACGGUCUUUAUAAUCAUAAUGUCGUUAAGUUCAUUAUGUAUUUACAUAGGUAUUAAUAAUAUUUGAGUAUUUCGUGAUAAUAAUAAUUUUUAAAAAAAUAAUUAGAUAUUUAUAGUGACAAAUCACAUGCUACACAUUUUACAAAGUUCUUAUUAUCAUUAGUAUUAUAAUUUCAAAUUUGUAAUUUAUAAAUAAGUUUCGGUAUUAUACAUGGUCGAUUAUUUUAAAAUUCGCUAUUAUUAAUUCGCAGUUUUCACAUUCGCGGUUCAUUUUUCGCCAUUUUUGCCUAGACGGUUUUUACCGUAGGUUAUAUUAUUAUUCAUUGUAGUAGCUUGGAUAUGUAUAUUACUCGCGUAGUGUGCACCAGCUGCUUCCGUGUUCACAUAGUAUAGAUUCGAUUCGGGUAAAAUAAAUAACUAAACAAAUAUUUAAAAGUUUUGUAGAUAGAUAAUGUUUAAACAAAUAUCGUAGAAUCUGUAUCUACUAUAUAAAUAGUUAUCACGUGUAUGUGAAUAACUGUUUAUUUGACACGAUAUUUAUAUACCUAGGUUGGCAAAUUUUGGUAAGGUUUAGAGAUCUGUUGAAAAGUUCGUUCAUAUUUUAGUUAUAAUAAAAUCGCCUACCAAUAUUAAAUCAAAUAAAUCAAAAACCUAUAAUAGGUAUCAUAUCGAAUAAUAUUAGCCGAUCAGUAUAAUUUAAUAUUAAAUUUAUUUCUAACGAGCAAUGGCAUAAUUUUUGUCCGUUGUUUUAAUUAUCAAAAAGUGUAAUACCAUAUCAAGGUCUCGGCAAGUGAAACGUGCAAAAUGUACUGUAAUACAGUUUUUAUUUAUUUUCUAUCGAUAAUAGCUGAAUAGCAUGUGUAAACCCCUGCAGAAUACGUAUAAUACACAGUGAAUAAUAACAAUUAUUGUAAGUUGAGUUGAAUCGAAAAAUAAUUAUCCCGUAUUAAAGUAUACUAUAUUUAGAGUUUUUAAACAAAUUAUUGAAAAAUAAAAUAAAUAGGUACUAAUCGUUUAUGCAAAUAAAAUUGUUAGGAUGAAUAUACAUUUUAAUUAUAGAUAUUCAAGUUUACAAAUUUACGUGGUUUUAAAAUGUUUCUAGUGUGAUAGUGGGUUGAAAUAUCUACCUACAUACCUACCUAUGAUUAUGAAUAUGAAAAAAGAAAUAUUAUCAUUAUAUAUACUUUACCAAUACUUAUAGGUGUUAUAGAAUAUUAGAAAAAAAAUGUUUUUUUUUUUUUUCAGAAAUCAUUUUCCAUAUUUCCGGGAAGACGACGAACGUUGGAAAAAUUCCGUUCGCCAUAACUUAUCCAUAAAUCCAAACUUCCGGAAAGGUCGAAAAUCCCAAGGGGCUGGUCAUUAUUGGCGAUUAUGCAAUACCGAAGAAAGCCUGGGCCAUCGCGAAUAUUCUAUAACCACAGAAGAUGUUUGCGAGAAUACAUCUUCGCCACAAGGACAAGAGUCGUCUGAAUUGGAACAAGCCUGCAAGUAUUUGGAAGGAGAAUUACAACGAGAGGAUAGCUUGGAAUGUGCAAAAAUGAUUGAUCCUGGCAUCGAUACAGAACUAGAAAAUGGUAUGUUUUUUGGUGUCUAAUCAACGAUCAAAAUGUUAAAACUGAAAAAAUACUUAGGAACUUAUUCAUAAUGUACACAUUUAUUCGUACUUAUUCAACAUUAGAUAUCUAAGUAAAUCAAAAUGAUUUUGGUUACUUACCUACUACUAUCCACUUAUUGUACCUACAUUGUAAAAUCGGUACGUUAUUACUAAUGAUCAAAUUGGUAUUUUCUUUGUUAUACCAAUUCUUAAUAACGGAUCUGCUGAGUAUACUACUGAUUAUUAUAUACCUACCUGAUAAGAUGGUCAUUAUUCAUUCAUUUAUUCAUUUAUUAACGAUUAUCUAAUCCUAGAUGAAAAAAAAAAAAACAUGCAAUUUGUGAUGAUGAGAAUAAUUAGGUUCAUUCUUCCACAAUUUAUUUUCAAUUUACUAUUAGUGCAUUGGGAACGUUCUGCUUUCACCGUUUUAUUCCCGUACGAAAAACGGAUUAACGGACAUUUUUUCCCCGGUCGUAAGAUAUUUGUUUCUUAGAAAUUGUUAAUCACAAGACGUUUCGUCCUAAAAUAUGGCAUUUUUGAUAGAAAGCAAAGUAUAGGUUUAACGGGGUAUCAUAAUAAGCAUCAUCAUCGUAGAUAUCAUGAUUUAAGAUACUUAUCUUAAUUCGUGCUAGACCCCAUACUUUUAAUGCUAAACACGAUUGUAUGUUUCUUUCAUAUUGAAUAAAGUAGGUAUGAAUUAUAAAUAUGCCUAUAAAUUAUAGAAUAGAAAAUAAUUUUAUACUCUUCUACCUAUAAUUAUUUCAAAAUCAAAUUUGCCCGUGUACCUAUGUAAGAUGAAUAUUGUUUACUUAGGUACCCACCUGUAAUUUUUACCUGCAAAACCUAAUGUUUCUCUUAAUUCCCUUCUGAUUAGAAGCAUAGAUUAAAUAUACUAUAAAAGUAUGUUUAAUCUAUGAUAGAAGUAUACAUUUAUGUUGUUUAAUAAUGAUUUAAAUUUGAUUAAUGGUUAAAAUAAUACUGGGGACCAAAUGUCAUAUUGCGCGGACAAAACAUCCAUUAAUGACAGAGACAAAAUUCAUUAAUUUACUAAUUAUUGCUUAAUUUUAUUACAUGCAUUUUUGAAGCCUUAAAUAAUAACUAGAUAAUAUUGAUAUAAUAGACAAUAAUUAUUCAAAAAAUAUUUUUGGUUUUAUUAAAAUCGUGUAUUUAAUAUGUAUUUGUAUUAAAUUUGAUAACUUGAUAAACAAAAUAUUAUAAUAUAUUAGGUAUUAAUAUCUUUAGAUCGGCAAUUAUUAUCUAUAAAAUGUUCUUAUAAAUAGUUUGUAGAAAUUAAACAUUAAUUUUAAUACAGAAUUAAAGUUACCUAUUAAUAUUAGUUAGAUAUACCUGUAUAUAUAUUAUAUAAAUAUAUAUAUAUAUAUUGGUAAGGAUAAGUAUAUAUUACCUACCUAUUAUAAUAUGUUUUAGUCAAUUUUAAUUUUAAUUAUCUAUCUAGCUGCUAUUUACCUAUUUUGUUUCAUUAAGUAUACACUUAUAUAAUAUAUUCACUUAUAUAUGUCUACUAAUAAAUAAAAAUCAAUAAAUUAUAACUGUUUUUGUUUCAGAACUAUAUACAAAUUCGUUUUUGAUUUCCAGUCCAUCAAAGUUUAUUAACGAACAAAUCAGUUUAUCAAAUAACAAUGAUUUUCAAUCAUACAGUGAUAGCCUGUUGGAGGAGUCUAUUGACUUCCAGUAUUACAAUUUAUAAACCUUCUGGCUCAAACAAUUUUGGUUUCCAAAAUUUCGAUUUUUUUUUUUUUUUUUUUUUCGUAUUUAAGACUGACCAAUGGGUGACCUUUUUAUAAUAUUACUUUUGUUAUACAUAAUUUAAUAAUUGAUUACUACCAUCAAUUACUGCU